AUGGAUGUGGCAUUUAAUCGGAAGAAACACUCUGCAUACGUCCCUCUAGACUGCUACACAGCCGUUUUUAGUGUCGUCACGCAACGCUCCUCCCCGGGGAGGAGCAUUGCGUGACGAAACUAAAAACGGCUGUGUAGCAGACUAGCGUCCCUCGGGGUCUGCAAAUAACCAGUAGUAGGAAUGUCCUCCUCGUCUUGUCAUCAUAUCCAGGCGUUGCCCAGUUCAGUGAUUCUAACAUCAGUCGCUGGUUUCAGUAGGCUGUCAAUAGGGUCUGAGAAGCACUGAAGCACCUUUCUUCACCGCUACAAUCUGUUUACUGAGUGGUAACACCUUGAAGACCCACAGCAGAUGUUGGCGUUUAGGUUAAGCUGAAAACAGCUUGUCUUAUUGCGUUUCUCUCGUUAUCAUGUAAAUUUAAAAGAUCAGAAGCCAGGUUUAGUGUUAAAGCUGUGGGGUAAUUUGCCAAAAAUUAAAAUUGUUACAGGUCAGUUUUCUUAGUUAACAGCCGUGUCUUAUAAAGGCGUCUGUGGAGUAUAGGAGGUGCAUGCAUGUUGCGAGGAAUACAAGAGCAACAUCUUUAAGUUCACAGCUAGAAUUUCUUUAAUGAAAUUGUGAUGCCUUAAAGUCUCACAGAAGAUCGACGUCGGUGUUUUCUCUUGUUCAUGAACAGAAAUAAGAACACACAAGGUGCUACUUACUGAGUAGUGCACGAAGAGGAAAACUUAUUUGACAGAACAAACACGCGGAAAAGGAGAUGUAUCGAAAUUCUGCUUAAUCCUCCGCACAAUUCAUUCUUCUUCGGCAUCCGAGAUUGACAGCUGAGAUAACACUACUGAGAACGGGAUUCACCGCAAUUCGAAACCGAGGCUGACUAUCAUGCAGCUAAAAUAAGUUAAGCCUUCUUGUCAUUCUCAUUCAUGUACUAACUACAUUUGUGCAGCCAAAAGGUGCGUCUGUUCGACUGAAAUGAUUACCUUAAUGACAAAUUUCCAUAUCCUUACAUAUAGUACAACUCAUGUAAUGUCAAUCUUUUCUCACGGCGGAAAAUGUAUGACCCUUCGAGUGGAGGCUGGACUUCGUGGAGGAUAUUUUACGGAUUAGCCCCGCGUUGUGUGUUUACCAAACUUCAACAGACUUGUUUAGACUGAAUAAUUUGCUAAAAUUAAUGUUUGCUCAUUUUUCACCUGUUCCUUCCAACCAAACGAAAUUGUUAUUUCGUCGGUGUCUCGUUUUGUGGCUCAUAAGUGAACGGUAUAUCUUCGUCUUUAAGUACUAAAUUCAACCCCCGGAUCCAUUUCAAGGUUUACACAACAAAGAAAUCGUGAAGGCGGGAAGGAAAGGAAAGCUUCAGAGUAAAAUCACUUUGGGGGGGCACUUAAACGCUACAGGAAAAUUAAACGUUAUAAUUAUUAUGAUCACUGUGGUGUUUAGUCAAUAAAAAAGUUCAAUACUGAAUAUGUAGUUGUCUCCCGCUUGUCGCAAAUAUUGAUUUAGCAAGUAAAUUUCACUCCUUUUCAUCUUGGUCGAACACGGCUGUCCCUCCGCUGUUCAUCAAUGAGAUGAUUCAAAGACUAAAUUUUCAAAAAGAAAAUGGGUUUUAAUAAUAAGCUCGUAUCAAAAAAGCAAGAUAAGCUCUCCGCUAUUUCACGAACACGGCUGUCCCUCCGCUGUUCAUCAAUGAGAUGAUUCAAAGACUAAAUUUUCAAAAAGAAAAUGGGUUUUAAUAAUAAGCUCGUAUCAAAAAAGCAAGAUAAGCUCUCCGCUAUUUCACGCAAUGUCAGUUUUAUUAUUGUAAUUUCCCUUUGCGUGGCAGAACUCGUUACUCCGUCAACACAACUUAUUUGAAAACAGUGACAUUUAAUAAAACUGGUUAUUGUGUGCACGUAAGAUAGACUGUUAUACCUAUCAACCCCUUAGACUCGUUCGAGGAGGCGAGUGAUAUUAAAUGACCAAUGUAAAUCAUACAAUUUAUAACCAAGAUGGCUAAAAAUUUAUGAGAUCUCCUUCGACUACUUUUGGGACUGAGCAACAAGAACAAUUCAAGGGGAUAGAUUGAUCUGCAGUUUGUCCUGAAACUCCUCAGUUUAAGAUGGUAAGAAAGUAAAUAUUGUUUAAUAUUCAAACCGAGACAAUACUGAAGAAGAAAAUCUUUACAUAUCGCCGAGUCUUUGCAGUUGAAAAUCCUUUAUCACAUUCUAAAAUGCAAAUGAUUGAAUUUUGAUCUGAAAAAUGGUCUUAGUCCUCGUAUGAAUUAAAUUAAUUUUUUCACUAGAAAACAAGGGAGGAUCAUUCCAAACAUGAAGGGCUAGAAAUAAUCAAUAGUUGCCAGAAAAAAAGGGUUAUGAUUUCUUGCAAGUUUUGUCUGCAAACCGUCACCAGUUCGUCGAACUUUGCGAUGAUAAUUGGCCACGUCACAUCUAAAGCAAGUGAAGACCAUGAGGGUUGUCAAUGGUCAAAAAAGAAAGAAAGUCGAAAGUCGAGUAAGUUUCACAUCGUAGUCACGUCGUGGAUGCACGGACGGCAAAGAAAUGUACCUUUAAAAGAUUCUGAUGCACCUGCAGAUUUAAAUACAAUGAAGCCUUCAUGGCAGGCGUUCGAAAGGGAAAGGGAUGGGAUUGUGGGCGCGUGAGCAUGUGCGAGGGAGGAGUGAGGAGGGGUUUCCAUCCCGCCCCCCAUGCACAGAAAUCCCUUCCCCUCCCUUAGGUGUCGUACCCAUGCCUCGUGUGCUAAAUGUAACGACAAAUUGUAUUUCUCGUUGCCGUCGCCGUUGUGUCAACCUCGUCCCUACAGUUUUUCCUUGAAGUCCUGGGGACGAGGCUGCGUUGUGGUUGGAGGCACGCGUAAGCAGACGUGCUGCACGAUUCUCUCGCGCAUAAACUCAUAUUUUUGCUAGCUUUUUGGUUACUAUUCUAGCUAUGAGUAUAUAUUGGCACAGAGUCGGGAAGGACUUAAUAAAGAGUUGAAAAAUGUAUUACUUGACAUCGUGAUAAAAUUAUAUUGAAUCUAAAGAAUUGUUAGAUAUACCAUUUUUUUUUUGUAAUUUAUUGUAUUCCUCAUGUUAUGUUAUUUCUUAUUUAUUUAACUUUACGUACUUUACUCUCUCUCGUUUUUUCUUUAGGAUAAUAUAUAAAAGCGUUUGAAUUUAUAGUCCGACCAGCCUCGGCUAGCUAUGCUACCUGCGUGUCGGUCUAAAUUGUAAUUCAAAUCAUUUUAAAGACUUUGUUGUUAUUUUCGUUGUUGUUUUUAUCAUUCGUACUAGUGCCACUAAUAAGUGGCAGGUGCGCAUGCUCUAUAGUAACUCAUAAUGACCUUCAUUACAGCCGACGCUAUUGGUGACCAGUCUCCUUGCUAUACUGUCUUUUCAAACUGCUGAGCCGUGUCGCUUUCUUGAACCCGUGAGUCACCACAAACUGGUCGGUCACGUGAUAAGAACGAUUCCAGGCAUCUGUUUCGAGAAAUGUACCUAUUACUGCGAGCUUAACAUCAAAUGCAUCAGUGUCAAUUAUCUUACAAAAGCCAAAGAAUGUGAAUUGAACUAUGCAAGUAAAGAAAUGUUUCCAUCUUACUUCGAGAAGACGAAGGACUCACUUUAUGUGAACAAUAUCAGAAAGGAAAACAACGACAUAGAUCCAUGUAGAUCGCUGACCUGCCUACACGGAGGCUCGUGUUACCCGCUCCCAAAACCAUGGUGCUCAUGUCUAGAUGGUUUCAAUGGUUGCACAUGCCAAAGUAAGUAAUAAGAAGACAUCAAUACGUACAGUUUUGUGUGAAAAGAAUUUCUUGAAUAGGGAACCGGGAUGGUACAAAAUCAGAAAGUCAAAUUAACUGAUGCAAUAUUCCAACAGUAGCCUUAUUCCAAAUAAGGGAUGUGAAAUAAAUCAUAAUUUCGAGCGAAGCUAGGAAAAUCACGAUUUCCCAAUUUGGUACAACUGUAGCUUGAAGCAUCGCUGUAAAGCGCGAUCUACCAAAUAAAAAACAACCCUCCUAAACGCCUAUUUUUUUUCAAUGUCUCUCUUAAAUUUUUAUCUAAAUCGCCUCUAAAACAGCCGAGAUAUAAGAUGUAGCACAAACAAAAUUUUGCCUUAUGAAUUUAUUUUAUUCAUAGAUAGGUGUCCCCAAAGACGGCGCCCCUUCCAUAUACGUACAGAAUGUCUAAGUUUAAGUUAACCUUUAGCUGACCCCAACUGCUUUUCGUUUCGUUCACAGUGGAACAGGUAUUAGGUGCGCCUCUGAGAAAUCCCUUUUUAAAAGACUCUUGUUUGGUAAAUUUGUCAGUUAAAGAUAAUUUGUCUAACUGGCCCCGAUUGUUUAAACGUAAGAUAGCGGUAUCCACCAGAUAAAUCACUAUCCAGUGGAUAAGUAUUAAUAAUAAUAAUAAUAAUUAUUAUUAUUAUUAUUUUAUUUAUAUAGCGCUAAAAUCCAAUAAUUUUCCAAAGCGCUAGUGCUAUUAGAAGAAAGCGCUAUUAGAGAAACCAAUUGCGCUAUCCGGUGGUUAAAGAUUAUAUCCAGUGGAUAGCGUUAUCGGCAUCUUUUGUACAACUGGGGUCUGUUUUUUACUGGUAAUGAUUAGCCAUUCUUAGGUAGCCCAAGAGACCGAGUCAGUGGUCUGGCAAAUCAUUGUACUAUGUGACUGUUCUGGAAACGCUGUAGCCCCUCCUUCGUGUUGAGAGACGAAUUUAAAGGGGUUGUGUCACGGGAGUCCAGCUCAUUUUGUUUUAAUUUUGCCAAUUACUCAACCUCAAUCGCUAUGGAACUUAAAGUAAGCAAAGAAAUUACAUGUAAAUGACAAAAUCAGCGAUCCGAGACAAACAAAUAUGUCUCCUGAGUUAUUUUUGAAGUUGCAGGCAGCAGGGAUCAACUUUGAAAAACUGUUAAGCUGAACAGUUUUCAAAAACCCUAAUUUCAAUCCGUUUCAAUCUUAAUCAGUUUUGCCCAUCCGUGGCAUUUGUUGUUUCUGUUACGUUUUUUUAACCUUCCUGUAAAGUUUUGAGCGGUUAUUUUGAUGUUUCUCUUAAUUUAACGGGCGUUUUGGAAUUUCCUAAUUUAGCUGAAUUUCGUGACACAGCUCCGAGUUUAACAUAAAAUUCAUCCCCCAAAUAGUCCCAUAAUGCAAUUCAACACAAGACCAAUCCAAGCUAAAGUCUCAGCACAUCCUCUAAUGCCCAAUACCUCUAUCCUCAAUAAAAUUAAUCCUUUCAGGUAGAGCAACCCUGAAUAGUUUAUCAUUGGUAGUAUCCCCAUAGGGAGACAGCCGACUACUUUUUAGCCCUUACCGAAAGAACUUAAGCCCAGGUCAAACGUCAAAAUUCACAUGUGACGAACCUAGUGAGAACAAUAGAUUUAGGCCAUUUAGCAUUAGGUUCUUCUCAUAAGAAGUUCGGCGUUUGACCCGGGCAUUGAACUGUAAGCAAAACCAAGAGACUAUAAAGGGGACAGAGAGGCCAUCCCCCAUAUACACCCUAUUCCAUAGGUAAUUCGUCUCGAGUUAUUUUUAGAAUCGGGAUAAAGUUACCUCGCGCGAGGCGUGGAUGUUUCGUGGAGGUUUCGCAUGACCAAACGCCGUGCAAAACAUGUCGGGCGAGAGGCAAUGAAAGCGUAAAAAGAUCGAGAGCAUUCCUGAAUAUUGAAGCGAAAUGAGUCGGCGCUCACCUGGGAAAAAGGAAUCGCUGGACUCUUUGACAACCCGUGAAAUCAGUUUAACUCGAAGUUGUCGUAACCUCAGUGCUUUAAUAAAAUGAGAAAUUUCGCCGGUCUAUUGAAACCGGUCGUUUGUACAAUUUAGGGAGUUUAAGAUCCAACGACGCGGACGACAACUAGAACGUCAAAAAAACAAUAGGUUUAAUUAGCAAAACAACAACUUCGCACGUGCAACACACUUUUUUGUUCAUUUCUUUCCCGUUUUUGCACGACUACGACGUGAAAAUGCCUAAUUUCGCGUUUUAUGGAGGACGUAAAUAAGCAACGACGAAAUUUUAUUUCUCUUUCUGAGCUUGAAUAUGGUCCCUUGAAAUUCAGCUUUAGGAGGGUUCGCCUACAAUUGACAAAGUAAGUGGGUAGGAAUAAUCGCUAUAAAGACUGAAAAAAAUAAACAUCAAACCAGAAAUUGCUCUCUUCAAACUGUAAAUUAUAAAUGAUCCUGAGAGAAUAUUCAGUGUGUUAAGGAUUUCCCUGCUCUACUGUUAGCUCUAUACAAGAGAGGAAGGGCGAUUCUUUUUUAAUUUCGGUUUCGCUGACACAGCUUUCGCAGAAAUCUCGCUGUAGUCGUUUUCGUCGACAAAAGGAAUAGCAAAAUCGCUCUCCGCGUCUUCUCCCAUUUUGUUCUGCGUCAUUUCGUGAAGGACGCGUGGCUCUCAGCGUGGGUCAUCCACGCGGAACACAUUCGCGCUAUGUGAUUGGCUGUUGUUUAAUCUCCCUCGAGAUCUGUGGUGUUAAAAAUAACUCGAGACGAAUUACCUGUGGAAUAGGGUGUAUAUGGGGGAUGGCCUCUCUGUCCCCUUUAUAGUCUCUUGGCAAAACCCAAGAAGACUUCUUACAUUAUACCCUUUUUUUAGAUGUUUUAUUAGAGAGCUUAGGGAUUGAAGACGAUACCAUCAUUGGAGAUGGUCAGCUAACAUCCAGUUCAGCAGAUUCCGGCCACGAGGCCUGGAGAGGAAGACUUUAUGGUAAAGGGAGCUGGAAACCAGAGAAAGGUGAUCCUGCCCCAGUCUACAAAGUGUCAUUCAAUUCACCAGUCAACAUAAGUUACAUAGCAACACAGGGUGCCCAGGAUGAUGACUGCUGGGUGACGUCAUUCAUGAUAAAAUACAAAUUGGGACACAGUCAACACGACUUCAAAAACUAUUCUCAGGUAAGAAAGAUAUAGAAAUUAUUUUAUGUGUGUACAUAAAUGCAAUAAGGCUAUUAGAGUGAUUUUACUUUACCCGUGAAAUAGGUAUUAGAUUACUACACACUGCUUUGCACUAGUUGUUAGUAUCUGUUUCACGGGUCGAGUAAAAUUACUCUGCCAGAAAAAGUUUUACAUGCGCGGAGUUUGCGUUUAGUGUUAUCGUGGGAAUGAUGGAGCGUAUCCAAAGACAAGACAAUCCGGUUAUUUUUAUGUUACACUCACCUUGGUAGUCCCCACUGUUUGAAUUUCGAUAGAGUUUCGUGACGCAGCUCCUUCAAACCGUACCAAUAGAUUACUAAAGUGAUGACGUCAUGUAAAUGAAAUUUCUGAAAUUAUGGGAUUUGUCAGGAUAUUCUGAAAGAACAAUGUCCAAGAGGCCUACUUGCCAAAAAUGAGCAUUUCGCGGCAAAUUGUCUCGGAGAUCGUAGCCCAGUUAUACUCAGAAAACUCCAUACAAACCCUUCUAAUUUUUUUUUGGGUCGACCCAAAAAAAAUUUAGAAGGGUUUGUAUGGAGUUUUGUAAGCAUAACUGGGCUACGAUCUCCGAGAAUUUGCCCCCAAAUGCUCAUUUUUGGCAAGUAGGCCUCUUGGGCAUUGUUCUUUCAGAAUAUCCAGACAAAUCCCAUAAUUUCAGAAAUUUCAUUUUUAUGACGUCACACUUUAGUACUCCAUGCGGUAACGAUGUUCAGUAAGGAGCGUGUCAUUGACGUGACACCCAAGAGAAAAUUAGGAAGCUUAAGCAACGACGACUGCGACGGCAACGAGAACGGCAACGAGAAUGGGUUUAGAUUAGCAAAACAACAACUUUGCACGUGCAUCACACUUUUUGUACAUUUCUUUGUCGUCGUUGCACGACUACAAAGUGAAAGUGCUUAAAUUCACGUUUUGUCGAUGACGGGAACACAAGACAACAAAUUUCUUUUUCUUUUCCUGAACUUUGAUACAUACAGUCCUUUAGAAUUCAACUCCAAAAGCAUUUGCCAAUAUUUGUCGAGGUAAACGACAUGGAAUAAGCGCGAAAAAGUUUGAAGCAGCGCGAAUUCACUUUUUAAGCGAUAACUGACUGUUCCACCAAAGUUAUAAUUUAUUUUUAGACCAAUUAAACGCUUAAAUCAAUCGGAAGUUGGUUCCCGAAGAGGUCCGCAAUCUCUUAUCCACUGUUGUCAAGAGAUGAUAAUGGAACAUAUGCUCUGUUAGUGUGUCGCCAUUACAAUAAUAUACGCAUUGAUUGCUUUCAGCGCAGUCGCGUGUGUACUCCGUUACGAACAAUCUAUUAAGAUGUGCGAACGUUCCAGGAAUUGGACUUCCGUUUAAUUACUACGUAUACCUCUAAAAAUAACUUGAGUGAAAUUCACAUAUCCCGGACAACUUCCUAAUAUUCCCUCUCUGUUUCAUUAUCUACUCUCUUGGACACCUCUCUGCUACACUGCCCAUAACAUAAUAAAGAAACUAUAUUUUGAUACAUUUUGAUAAGAGUAACACCGUUACUUUCCUUUUUCUCUUCUGCAGAUUUUCUCAGGAAACAAUGAUAAGGACACGGUUGUUUAUCAUCCUCUAAGACAGGGUCACCUUGCUAACGUGACAGAUCUCCAUAUUUUUCCAUUGACCUACCACAAUUGCAGAGCCCUCAGACUGGGGCUGUAUAAGUAAUGUAAUCAUUGCAAGUAUUUAUCGCACAGGACACCAC